AAAAAAAAACAUUGGUUCAGUUCCUCUUAUACUAUAGGAAUUUUAUGUUCUGAAAAUUGGUAAGAUUACAAAGAAAUUAUGCCCAUGUGGUGACAAUUUGGGGAUAUCCUGUGUUAACUUAUGGAACAGAGGCUCACAGGAAGUCUUAUCAAAGUGUGGCUUUGUUUUGUCUUGAUGCUCAGUCAUACACUAUUAUGUUGAAGUGUGAACAGCUAUAAGGUGUUCAUACCUAUAAUAAGUGAAGAUGUAUAGCAGGAAACAACAAAAUGAGAUGAGGAAGCGAAGUUUACACGAGCCUUUCUUUAGUCAAGAAUACUUGGCUGGGGAAAGGUCAGUACGGAGACACACAGUGAGUGUGCCUAACUCUCUGGAGGGUGGUGGUGGGGACUAUCCAAAUUUAGGACUAGGAAGACCACGGCCAUUCCCUCUCCCCAUGUACAACGAUCCAACGGCAGAGAUAAUGGACAACUUGAGCCUUAGAGCUCAACCCAGCCUGGCAUCCACAGCCACAGUUGAAGUGGACUUCUUGAUGCCCAAUAGCAUCAUAAUACAGCACAAAGUGAGCACUAGUGCCUCACUGGAAGAGAUUAAAGAGGAACUAUGGGAGCGUGCCAGAGAGCUUCCUCUGUUUGGUAUGCUGCACGACCUCAACUCUUACCACUUUGUGUGCAUCAAUCCCCAAUCAGAAAACCUUGAGUUGAUGGAUGAAAGAAAAUGCUUACAGGACAUUAACUUGUUCCCAUACAUGUUCAUAUUCAAGGUGGUGGAGAGGAAAGGCAAUGAAACUGAAAAAUGUCUUAACCUUGAAAUUGGUCAACUAAUUGGAAAAGAUCUCCAAAAGUUUGAUGCCCUAAAGAAUCCAGAAGUGAAUGAGUUUCGAGGGAAGAUGAAGGCUCUCUGUGAUGAGGUGGUGGCAUCAAGAAAUAAAUUAACGUGGUAUGAGCGGGUGCAGUACCAGUAUCCGGCACGUAUAGCAACCAACCCUCAACUGGCCAGUUAUAUCACAGACAGACUUCAGGAGGACCAGCUGUUGUUGUCAGUCCAGUUUGAUCCUUCCAUGGAAGGGCAGCCCACAUACACAUUUCGUGUCUCAUUUGAUAUGAGAACGAGGGAACUUCUAGACCUUGCUUUGGCUAAACUGUCAGUGACUUUUGUAAUGGAUCAGCCGGCUGAAAACUAUGUAUUAAAGACGCCAGGUCGGGAAGAAUAUUUAAUAGCAGAUGUCCCCUUGUCCCAAUAUAUGUAUGUCCGUGAACACGUGUGCCAAGAUGAUUGUUCCUCAGUGCCUCUAGUCAUUGUGCAUCGGAAGACAAUUCAAGUUGACAUUGUAAACUUGUAUGGUCCAAUAGAAGAUCCUGGUGUAAGACACAUAAGGAACUCCUUCUCUGGAACAAAUCUAACUAGAAAGAAAUAUGUCUCUUCCUGGUCCAUCAAUGAAAACUUUCACUUCAGUAUUGGAACUGUCAGUAACAUGACAGUUUCUGCGGAUGACCAAGUUGAGGUGAUGGUGGAGGCUGGCUUAUACCAUGGAAGCAGGGCCCUUUGUGAGACCAAGGUGACCCAGGAAGUAACCAUCUCAGACGGAAAAGGUGUUUGGGAUGAAAACCUCACUCUUCCUAUUGCUGUUUGCAACAUUCCAAGAAAGCGGCUGUGUCUUGCCAUAUAUGAAGUCAGCCAAAGUGCCAAGGCAACCAAGGCUCGGGCAUCAAUUGGCAGCAGACCAGAGCUGUACAAGAACCCUCUGGCUUGGGUGAAUACAGCUGUCUUUGACUACAGAAACCAGCUGAAGACUGGUGCAAUGUCUCUCUAUGCCUGGAAGAUCUCUGAGGACCAAAUAGGGGAGGCUAUGCCCAAUCCUUUAGGGACACUGGUGAGCAACCCUGAUCAUGAACAGGCUGUCACCCUCACCAUCAUAUUUUCUCGUUUUGGCAGUACCUGCAGUAUUAUGUUUCCCUCCAAAGACAAGAUCAUCUCUGAAGCCAAGGAAAACCCACAGUGUGAUGAGAUAACACCAACUCCACCAAUGAUGGAUGAAAUCCAGCAAAUAGCUGAGCGUGAUCCUCUCACUGAGCUUCACGAACAGGAGCGCAAGCUGUUGUGGUCACUUAGAAAUGUUUGUCGCCAGGAGCUUCCUCACUUGCUGCCCAAGAUUCUGCAGUGUGUUGAGUGGGAUAACAAGACAGAGGUGGCAGAAAUGAUCUCUGUGUUGGAGGACUGGCCAAAGCUGUCCCCUGAUCGUGCCCUGGAGCUACUGGAUUAUGCCUAUGCUGAGCCUGCUGUCAGGACUUUUGCCAUUGAGUGCCUCACCCAUAUAAGUGAUGAUGACCUGCUGCUUUACUUGUUACAACUGGUGCAGGCAAUUAAACAUGAAAACCACCUUAACUGUCGUCUUGUGGAAUUCCUCCUCAGCCGGGCAUUGAGGAACAUGCGCAUUGGCCACUACUUCUUCUGGCAUCUAAGGUCAGAGAUGCAUGUACCUUCAGUCUCUAUUCGGUUUGGUCUCAUCCUGGAGGCCUAUUGCCGAGGCUCAUUAGAACACAUGAAAAGUUUGUUGCGACAGCUGGAUGCUCUUCACAAGUUCAAAGAGCUCAGAGGAAUUGCGAGUGUGAACCGAUCGAUGCGGGACCGCCAGAUGCGAGUUCACAUGACGAAGCCCCAUAACUUUGCCACGUUGUCUCACUUUCUAAACCCCAUUGAUCCGAUGUACAGGAUUAGUACUAUCAAGAUAGAGGAGUGUAAAGCCAAAGACAGUAAAAUGGCUCCUCUGUGGCUUGUGUUUGAGAAUGGAGAUCCUAAUGGGAAAAGCAUUUACCUGUUGUACAAAUAUGGAGACGACUUGCGACAGGACAUGCUGACGCUGCAGAUGAUUCGCAUAAUGGACAAGCUGUGGAAAGACAAUGGGAUGGAUCUAAGGAUGAACCCAUACAGCUGCAUGUCAACAGACAACCGUGAAGGCAUCAUUCAAGUUGUGCUCAAUGCUGAAACCAUUGCUAACAUUCAGAGACAGAAGGGCAUGUUCUCAGCCACUUGUGCUUUCAGAAAGGGAUCACUAUUAGCAUGGCUGAAGGACCACAACCCUACUGAGACACUACUUAACAAGGCAAUCCAUGAGUUCACUCUCUCCUGUGCUGGUUACUGUGUGGCCACCUAUGUCUUGGGGAUUGCUGAUCGUCACUCUGAUAACAUUAUGGUUAUGAAGAAUGGGCAACUCUUCCACAUUGAUUUUGGACACAUUUUGGGUCACUUUAAGGAGAAGUUUGGCAUCAGGAGGGAGAGACAGCCCUUUGUCUUGACACACGACUUUAUUAACGUCAUCACCAAGGGCAAACAGACACGAUCAGAAGAGUUUGAGCACUUCAAAGGAUACUGUGAAAAGGCAUUCCUAAUUCUGAGGAAGUAUGGGUCCUUCAUCAUCUCACUCUUUGCCAUGAUGAUCUCCACUGGGCUUCCUGAAUUACAGAGUGAAAAGGAUCUUAAUUAUCUAAAGGAAACUCUGAAACUUGAUUUGUCAGAGGACGAAGCUAGAGACCAUUUCCGCUCCAAGUUUGACGAGGCGUUGGCCAAUGCCUGGAAGACAUCUGUAAACUGGGCCUUCCAUUCCAUGGCUAAGAAGAACACCUAAAAGUGGGACAAGCUUAGCCUUAGCCCAUAGCUCUAUUCAUAUUCAGUGUUCUAAUGUUUCCUUUGAUGUAGGGAAAUAUCUAGAAGAAUAAGAUGUUAUGUACUAAUUGCUCGUGGAAAUUAAUUUUCCAUCCCAGUUGCCAUGUUACUUGGAGGUUUACUUUUCUACCCUCCAAGUAAAAUCCAAUAAAACUUGACACGGGAGUCAUGAUGCCCAAGUGUGCAAUUCCUCACUCUGGGCUUGUCAGGCUGUGUUAUGCAUGACUGCCUCCAUGGACAAAAGUUUAUGCAUUAUUAAUUUAUUUUUCUGAUGUUAAACAUAGUGUGCAUUGGUUACAUCUUCAGCACAUUAUCUCUAAGUGUGCUGGAUUGUGGGCAUUCACUGUAGUCUCCUGAUGUCCAUUGUUACAUCAUCCCAGUCACUGAAAAUAUAGAAAACACUGUUAGGAUGUUCCCCCAAAUGUUAUGCUUCCCUAUUAAAAAUCAAUACAUUUCCUUGUUAUAUGAUUUAUGGCAUCAUAUGGAUAAGUACAUUUGAGCAUCAUUCAGUUGUGAAAAUUACUCAAGAUAAAAGAUUUAGGACUAUCUGAGGCACAAAACAGCAGUUCGUUCAGAUUUUAUGAGAUUCCUGUAAAGAAUGAACUUUAUGGAACAGCUUGCCUUAAAUUACUUUCUUAGAUACCUAAUUUUGGUGCUAGAUGCAACUGUUAAAGUGCUGUCACCUGUAGGAUUAGAAACAAAUUUAUUUUCCUCACCUGGGAAUAUAGGGAAAACCAACGACAAUGUAAUGUAUAUAAUUACCACCACCAUCACCACCACCACCUCCCUCAACAUCACCACCUUUUCCCCAACAUCAUCACCUCCUCCCCCAAUAUCACCACCUCACUAGACUCCUCAAAAUCUUUACAUUAAGAUGUAUUGUCAUUGAAUGUACACAUCCUGGUAGUAGAAUUUAUUUGAUUUCCUGUGUGGGAUCCUUAAUAUCCGUUGAUCACUUCAUAUUUGUUUGUGAUGUCAUGAAAUAAAUAUGUUGUUAGUUACUGCUUGCCUCCACCUGAUCAGGUGAAGUUUGGUUUGGUGUGUGAGAUGGUCUUCUAGACCACCACUAAGCUGACCACCCCUGUACUGUACAUAUUUACCUUAUUUGCUCUUGUGUUUUCACUAAUUAAAUGUGGAAUGCUUAUGGAUUAUAUGAAAUAAUUUAUUAGCAAAAAAUA